CCUCGGAGGAAACAGCAAACGGUCGGUUCCACGAGCCCACCCAGAACAGUAGGCAGACUCUGUUUCAGUGGCAAUCGCUUGCAAUAAUGCCCUUUUCUUUGCUCCUAGGUUACGAUCAGACCCUGAGCCACGCGCAGGAUCGCUGUUGUAUCUGAUCCGAUUCCCUAUACUAAAGAUGUGCUGUGAAGCGUAAGAAGUUGCAGUCGUUUCUUUCAGCAGCAGCCAGCCAGCCGCUUGACGGGUUUAGCCUGAAGCUCUGAAGCUCUCGUUCUUUCACCAUAUUCAUCACCACAACUACCACUGCCUCGUCGGAGCAUUCGCUUUUGUUUUUUCCCGCACCAGUGUUCUUCUCUCCACUUGCCUGGCUCUUACUUAUGUACCGAAUCUUACGCAUGAUCGACGCUGGGGGAAGGUGUAAUGUUCAUGGCAAGGCAGGGAAGUUUUCGAAGCACCUGACAAGGAGGAGGUGUAGGAGCACUUGGGCCUAGCUUUGCAACUUUAUGGCAGUGUGGGGGAGGAUUGCAAGUUUUUAGGAACAUGUGUGUCUGCACAUGUGGACGUUACUGUCUCGAGGGUAUUACUGCGUCAACGUUGUUCAAGAGUUAAUCUUUGGUGAAGUUUUAGUGGAGGGUCAAGGCGGUGAUUUUAAAAAGGGAGCUCGAUUACUGGUGGUGGUGCGGACAUUUCUACUGAAAGCCGGAUCGUAUGUGGAGUGUUAGAUUUUUCUGGAUGUGUUGGAUGUGAACUUUCAAGUGCCGGAGGUGAAAGCCUGGACGUCGUUCAGGUGGAAUGGAGGAGAGGAGAGGCACCAGUGGGUUUCCUCACACAGUAUGAUGCGGGUGAUGCGCUGUGCCUGUUUGUAGUGAGGGAAGGGAAUUGGUCUUCUUUUCUGGUUUGUGGGACUUGGGGUUUGUACAGUUUCGUGUCUUGGCGGCUGUGAGAUUGCGGUGCGCAUGGAGCUCGAAUGCUGCAAGUUAGGACGAGUUGUGUGACCUUCACUUCAGGAGAGAGGGAGAGAGCCAGAGGAGAUCUGGGCAGUUGGCAAGUGGGUUUGAAGUUUUGGUGGAAAGUAGUGACGGAGAUUGGAGGCUUGUAUGAAAUUGGUACUCUAGCCAUCCCAGUUGGUCGCUGAGAUGGCAGACAGGCUCAGCUGAAUCAUCGUAGGGCGCAUUCACGGUGAAUUCGACAUUUCUACUUAUGAAGUGCCGUUUUAUCUGAGGCACAGAGCGAGGGAGCGUUGAGCGGUUUCAACUCCAAGGUUUUAGAAGUGGAUUAUGCUCAAACUUUCAUCACUGGCAAGAUCUGAAUCGUGAGAUUAGGAUACUAGGAAAAGAUUGAGGCUGUCAACUCGAGUGUUCAAGCAAGUGAGAAUACCUCGUGUGAAUUUUUUAUAUGCAUUCACCCCCACUCUUGCCGUCGCCAACCGGUUUCUGUUACAGUUUCAGGGUCGAGGGAGUGGAUCUGGUCACUUGGAUAGGAAACUGCAGCAGAAGUUUCUGCGAAUGUAAGCUUUGUGAUACAGUGUUUCUUUCAUGAGUCUGAUGUGGAGAGGAGCAAGUACAGCGCAGAGACAAGGAGCUAUAGAGAGUUCGAGCUACCAGCCUUUUGUCCCACAAAACAGCUAGUCGCAUCUUUAUCAUCAUCAUCAUCACAGGAAACUCAAGAUGGUGUAGAGCGUUGAAAGGGUUCAUUGUUUGUGGAACAUACUCUUUGUGGGACUCAUCAAAACACAGUGAGCAACGCAAUUGUGGCCAGGCCCUAGCACCGCACUUAUUUACACGUCCCUUACACCUUGUUAGAUUCUUUGAAAGAGUCCCGUGCUUUUAGAGUGCCUCUAAUUUCGGUGCACUUGUUAAUUGUGCUCCAAUUAUACUUGUGAUCGCGGAGAUCACCGAUCCAUCGUAUCAGAACCAUGAACCAUAUUUGGGUGCGGUAGGAUUAUUCAUAGACUUCUCAGCCAGAUUUAUUAUACACUUAGCCGGACACACUUGCAGUAGAGUUGUCUUGGCAAUAUCUCGGGUGAAAGAUUCUGAAUCAAACCACUGUCACGAUGUCACGUUUGUUGAUGAUAGGGCAUUUUGUGUGCACGGUUUAACAUGAAUAUCUCCAUCUGAAGCGGGUGGCCAAGUACAAUCUUUUUCCUCUGGUGCCUCAAUCAUGACUCCUGGAUCACAGAGCCACGGCUCAUGUCAUCGACAGUCCCAACAAUAGUAACUUAUUACAAGGGGUUUGAUUCUUCGACUUUCGCACCUUAGUGAUGCAAUAAAGCUCGAGGCUGUGGCUGGAGAUCGAGAUGCAGAGAUCCCAGCAGCACAGCUCCCACAUGGCGCCAGGUGACACUGAUUCGUUAAGAACACUUUCGUUAGAUUUUCUGAGCCUGCUCGGUGAAGGCCAGGUGUUUAGUGAUGUCGCCUUCGAGGUGGAGGGUCGUCACGUGUACGCUCACAGGUGCGUGCUCGCAGCGAGAAGCCCUUUUUUUCGGACGAUUUUUUGGAGCGAUGUGCAGAUGAUGAGCAACACCCAACCCAAGCCUAGCAUACCGCAAGUGAUUUCGGUGGGGAUUGUAGGCUAUGAUGUCUUCAUGACACUAUUGCAAUUUCUAUACAGUGGAAGCUUCCAGUUCUCUGCCCAAAGUAGUGGCCGCUUAUGCCAAGACAAGUCCUGCUGGCACACCCAUUGUAGCGCCGCGGUCAAGUUCGGUCUGGAUAUUUUGAAUGCUGCGGUCUUCUUUGGCGUGGAACAGCUCUCCGCCAUCACUCAGAACCACCUAGCCUCUAUGGCCGAGAAAGCUUCCAUCGAGGACGUGAUGCGCAUGCUGGUGAUUGCAAGGAAGCAAAACGAUUUGCAUCUCUGGCAUCUUUGCUCAAAGCUGGUUGCCAAAUCUGGUCUCUCCCCGAAGAUGCUCCUGAAGUAUCUCCCGGGGGAUUUAGUUCAAGAACUGCAGUCCAUUCGUCAGAAGACUGGAUACAACUCCGACACAACAGCAUCCGGGAGCGCAACCUUGGAGCAGAAAAUCAAGCGCAUGCAGAAAGCACUAGACUCGUCAGACGUGGAGCUGGUCAAGCUCAUGGUGAUGGGCGAAGGUCUGAAUUUAGACGAAGUUUUUGGUCUGCACUAUGCCGUCAGUAGCUGCAGCAGAAAAGUAGUCAAGAAUCUACUGGAACUGGGAGCAGCGAAUGUGAACCUUCAGGACCUCGACGGUCGAACUCCCCUCCACAUAGCAGCGCAGCUAGGCGAUCCCGAGAAGAUAGCUAUGCUGUUGGACCACCAUGCUGAGCCCCACACGCGAACGGCUACUUGUGCAACUGCAAUGGACAUAGUGCAAUCUGGGGCGGCUGAAAUUCAAUCUGCUGGACGGUACAACACCAAAGCUGAUCACAACAGGUUGCGUGCCUGCAUGGAGCUUCUUGAACGAGCCGCGUUGGCAUCGACGCGGCUUACGCACACCAGAAGCGCCGCGGUAGUGGACACGGGUAGCCCAGCGUCAAUACUUACAGAAAACGGCAGCAGUACGUGGUUCCCGGAGGAGAGCGACAACUUUCAAGGCUCGAUGAGUCGAAUGAAGAGCGCCGGAACACCUGGGCUUCUUCAAAGCGGCAACGACAUCUUUAGUUCUCUUUGGAAUGGGCUUCCUGGGAAAGUUCAUGGCACAGAAACAACUGAGAGGGGUGAAGCCAGUCGUAGCCCCAUUUCAAGGCUACUUCAACCCAACUCAGAGUUUGAAUACUUCGACACUCAGCAGCUGCAAUCUGAGUCUUGUAGCCUCACCAGUAAACCCACCAUGCUGGAGACUUCGAGCCUGGAUGAAAGACCACGCGAAAUGUCGCGCGUGUUCGUGGACCUGAAGGAUCUACCGGUGUUGAGGGAUGUGAGGGAAGUGGUGUUCAAGGAUAUCAAGGAUAUCACCAACGACGCACUGGAGAACUUUAAGAGAGUGUACACUCCCAAUGACGAGGAAGUUAACUCCGGGUGGCAGCUCUUCCUGCAAGAGCAUUCUGAAGCAGCAGCCCUUCGAACCCCUUAGCUCUCGCAAGAUCUGUGGAUUCUGUUUACUUAAACUUCCUCAGGAGAUUUUUACAACUUUGCCUGCAAUCUGCCGAUAAGCAUCGAGGCCAAGUCAUUGGACUGUUGAUAGCAGGUUAUAUUGGAAUGCUACGCGGAUUCUGCAUGUCAUCAACAACUGGUUGAAUACUUGAAAUCUAAUUACACAAGCUUGUGGCGAACACAGAUCAGGCAGCGCUUGACCCUUUCGAAGGUUCGUUUGUUCAUCUCGGAGCUUACUUGGAAGUGCUUGUGAUCUUUAGAGCCCUGGCUUUUCCAGUUUUUUCCACAAGCCACCAAUCGUUGUUUUCACAUUGUCUUAGCAUUCCUGACUAUCCUGCGUGAGAUUUCCACGAUUUCGUGAAUGAUCCCCUCGUGCAAACCGACUAUGAUUCUGAUAUACCAUCGGCCAUCCGAAACUCUGCAUGAAGUCGCUCAUCAUAUUUGGCUCAGCCAGAUUCUUUCGCGCGAUGUCGCUUGAAGGAGACCCGAACAACCCAAAAUUUGGCGCGGGAACACUGGAAUGCCGAACGAGGAAGCGUAAGUUUGUGGACUCGAAAUAACUAACGGGUUCAAGGUCACUUUCAGGAAGCUCCACGGUGGGAAAGCGUGAAGUCAGGCCCUGACUUGAACAUCAGAGGAAUGUUCACAUGCUUCAUUCUCUUGCAAAUCUGCGACAAGUUAUUUAAGAACGUUUGAGUUGCCAAGCUCUUCAUUAUCGUUGUAGUGACAAACCUCAACAUUUUACUGAAGUUACCAAGGAUACGGAAAUGGGUGGACUGGCCAAACAAAUUUUCUGACACGAAAGUAGAAGCACCCACAAGCAACAGUCAGAGUAGAAACUUUCAGGACACAUCAUCGUAAACUCUAGAAUUUUUUGAGUACUGUAGUAAAAGAUCCUGUUGGUGCUUGGAGAUCAGGAUGGAGUUGUAGCUACUUUGAUUUGAGAGAUUUGAGUUAUCCAGUACCCGUGCCUAUUCUGUAAGUUAAUAGUUUCAUGGACGACAUGUAACUCCAAAACUUGUAACAUAUCUAUUAAGUAUUUUAGUUCUCUGUGAAUAGUAAACCUUCCUUGCCUGUUGCAAUGAAAAACACA